UCCUAGAGAAUCCAGGAUGUGGACUUGAAACUCUGAGAUUGAUGGACUGUGGUUUGUCAAAGAUCAGCUGUGAUUAUCUGGCAGCAGCACUGAAGUCCAACCCCUCCCACCUGAGAGAGCUGCACCUGACCUUCAACGAGAAGCUGCGGGAUUCAGGAGUGAAGCGUCUGUGUGGUUUUCUGGAGAGUCCAGGAUGUGGACUUGAAACUCUGGGUUUGGACGGCUGUGGUUUGUCAAAGGUCAGCUGUGAUUAUCUGGCAGCAGCGCUGAAGUCCAACCCCUCCCAUCUGAGAGCGCUGGACCUGCAAUCAAACAAGCUGAAGAAUCCAAAUGUGAAGCAGCUGUCUGAUCUUCAGCAGAGUCCAGACUACAGACUGGAUUGGCUGGCGUGGAGCUGAUGAUGUUAAACAGGACGGUGUGUGUGCUGAGAGAGGAGGAGCUGUGUCCUGAUGAUCCAGAGAGGUUGAAGCAGCAGCAGCUUGUGUGUAGAGACGCUCUGACUGGGCCAUGUUACUGGGAGGUGGAAUGGAGAGCAGAGCUUC